UAUCGAUACAUGAGAAACACUUAAUGCAAGCGACAGUCUGCUGUUGAAUUAAUCAAGACCAACCGCUAACYAAUCAACGUUCUUGACAACAAAGCAAGAGGUUUUAWGCGCUGAUUCUCUUUCCACCGAGUGGACUUGGAAAGCGAGCACCAAGACCAGAAAUAUGGCGUUUAUAUUGGACAAUUUGUCCUCAGAUGACUGGACCGCUGCAGAUGCAACAACAGAUCCGUCCAGCCAAGGUUACAAGGAAUACCUAAUUUGUCAUCGAGUCCCCACAAACCCAGACAAGACAGAUUACAAGUAUUCAGCAAGCGAGGGAGACGACUCCAAACCAGUCGAGUUAAUACUCCAUGGCGCCAAAAAGCGCGAUCCGUUACAAGGCGUUCAACGUCCUAUGCUUAAAGUUGUAGACGGUGUGAUUGUCGGUGUAGACGUCUGUGGUGAACGUUGUGAAAGGAAAUAAUGACAAAAAGCGCACAAAAAUAUUGCUUAUUUGAAGCAAUCGACGCUGUGUACAUCAAAAAUUGUAGAAAUAUAUUGUCAUUAAAAUACUACUAAUCAAUU